GAGUCCACUCCUUUCUUUCAGUUCUCCGACCAGAGCUGAGGAGACAUUAACAGCCCUGACGACCUCGUUAGUGGCACCAUUUAAACUAAAUUUCCUAUUUUCUGAGUGCAGUUGUGAGGUGAUGUGGAGUGAUGAACGAGCCUCGAUAUCAACUGUGUGACAACUAUCUACACAACACAUCAACCACACCGACGGAUAGAUGCAGCUUCAAGUGUGAUUGCCUCAGUUAUUAAAGUGAUUUUUCACCUGAGAUGUUACACUUUCUGUUGUUAACCGUGAGGCUGAAGAUGUGAUUUUCGAGUGGAUGUGAAUGAUGCUGUGAAGAGCACCUGUGCAUUGCAUCAACAGGCUCCACAGCCCACAGGGACUGGAGUUGAGAGCUACAUGCAUGGCUUUUAUGCUUAAAUAUGUGACGAUGCUUCUGCUAUACUAGAGUCUACCUGCGAUUUGAGGAUUGUAAUGUGAGUCCAGGUGCAGUCCCGUCAUUUUAUGCUGGUGGAGAGGAGCGAGAUGCUUCACUCGGCUGCCAUGACAACAGGACUUAUCUUUGUUAGUUGGCUCUUGUAUACGAGUGCACGGGGCAAUCCCAUUGUGUCGGUGCCAAAAGGUGGGGAGAAAGAGCGCUUAGAGCGCGUUCUGACCCAGGCAAAGGAGGGCGCACUGAGCCCUGGUGCAAAGCAGCGUCUGGAGGAGCUAAGUAAUAUUGAACUGGAGGGGAUCAAGGGUGGGAACAAAUCCAGUUCUAGCAGGACCAGACCCAACUUGAGUCCCUUGAGACGAGGGUCCAAAAUGCAAGGUAAGACCCUUGAAGCAUGGGGUGUGCAAGAAUCGCUCAAGCAAACCGAAGAAGCGCCAACGGAAGAGGCCAACAUAUCCCUGGAUGCGAUCGAUGAGUAUGCGUACCCUGAUUAUAGGGGUAAAGGCUGCAUGGACGAAACAGGGUUUGUGUUCGCCAUUGGUGAGAAAUUCACCCCGGGACCCUCCACCUGCCCAUGCUUGUGCACAGAUGAAGGUCCUCUGUGCGCCCAACCAGAGUGUCCAAAACUUCACCCUCGUUGCCUGCGUGUCGACACCAGCCAGUGCUGCCCGCGGUGCAAAGAGAAGAAAAACUACUGUGAAUUUCGAGAAAAGAUCUACUCAUCUCUGGAGGAGUUCAAGGUGUCUCCAUGCGAGAAGUGCCGUUGUGAGCCCAGUGGAGAGGUUCUGUGUUCUGUGUCAGCUUGCCCGCAGACUGAGUGUGUUGAUCCGGAAUAUGAGCCUGACCAGUGCUGCCCGGUGUGUAAGAGCGGGCCAAACUGCUACGCGGACACAGCGGUGAUCCCGGCCGGCCGAGAGGUUAAGAUCGACGAAUGUACCAUCUGCUACUGCACGUAUGAGGAGGGCACCUGGCGUAUCGAGCGGCAGGCCACCUGCAGCAAGAACGAGUGCCAGCCGAGCUAAGGCUCGAGACCCUCAGCCUUCACCUGGACAGCUGUGGAGAUCUGGAUCACCCGUCCCAGCUGUGGUCUGUACGGGCUCAGCACAGCAGCCCUGAGCCUCACACGCAGCCAAGACACCGGCACCGCGUGCUGUUACAUCAGUCGGUCAUUUGUGACCGUUCAUGACUAUGAACUCAGAGUGUCCUGUAGCAAGCAGCGGAUGGGCCAGUUAACCUGGAAACAAGGCCAAGGGCCAGAGUGCGAAACGCUACUUUCCUCUCGCUACCACAGAGCCUCUGAGUUGGCAUCGAGUCAUGACGAGUGAUGAGAUUCAUACGUUAGAGUUACAUGUAUAGUCUUAGGAGGCAUGGAGUCGAAUUCAACUAUAUUAAUACUUCAAGUUUGUAUUGAGAUUUAUAACCCAUAUAAAG